UGAGAGGUCGUGUUUCCCGGUUUGAAAGUUAUUGUAGUGAUGCUCCGAGACGCUCACUGAGACGCUCACCGGGACAGCUGUACGGUUUAUUACCGGUAAAGAGGAAAAGCUGGUCAGCCGAGCAGCUGACAUGGACCUGCAGAGGGAGGUGUGCCGGCUGCAGGAACAGCUGGCCGACAGUCGAGCUGAGAGAGAAGAGCUGGAGUCCAGAAACAGAGUCCUGAGUGAGAGGUUGUGCCAGUCAGUGUCUCCCUCGCUCGCCCUCUCUUUGCGUGUGGAGGGCGAGCAAAGGGAGUGGAGGAGGAAGGUGAGGGAGGGAAGAGAGCGGGAGGCCCGACAGGCUCUGCUCAUCCACCGUCUGCAGAAGAAGGUGUUGGAGUACAGAGAUCGAUGUCAGCAUUUGGAUCUUCAUCUGCAGGAUGAAAAGUCAAAGCUGUUAAACACUGAGUUGAGGAUCAGAGACGAACACAAUGACUCUCUGGAGAGCGCCCUCAUCAGGCUGGAGGAGGAACAACAGAGGUCCGUUUGUCUUGCUGACACAAACUCUGCACUGCGGGAGCAGCUCAGCCAAUCAGAGCAGGCGAACCAGGCCCUGAGGGAAGAUCUCCUGAAGCUAACAGCUGAUUGGACGAGAGCUGUGGAGGAGGCGGAGCAGAGAGAAGCUGAUUGGACGAGAGAGAAAGAGUGUCGGACAGGAAGUGUGUGUCAGCAGCAGGACCGUCUCCUCUCAGUCUGGAGUUGUGUGGUUGCUCUGAGACGUCACUGUCACACAGUAAAAACCGCCACCGACAGGGACCUGUGGCAGCUGAGGGCAGAGUUUUCUCGUCUCUCCUCGUCUCUUCUGUCCAGCUGUGACGUGGUCUCCUCCUCCCUGAGGAUCAGGUCUCCUCCCAUCAGAACCUCUCCCUCUGAGCUUCCUCCUUCCCUCUCUCCUCCUCUCACCUCCUCCUCAACCCUGGGAACCUUCUCCUUAGAAGAGCUGCAACACAAAGAGGAGCGAGAGAUUUCAGAGUUGAAGAUUCUUCAUGAGACUGAAGUUUCACAGCUGAAAGAACGGAUAGCGGAGCUCUCUCGCUCGCUGCAGGCAGAGGAGAGUGAGCAUGAGGAGAGAGAGAGAGCGAUAGAGAGACAUAAAGAAACAGAGAGGAAUCUUCAGUCAGUCAGUCAGGCUGUGAUCAAACUGUCCAGAGUCCUGAGCAGCAGCAGCGGCGGCGCGGCGCUGUGUGUCCCUGCUGAUCUCUCCUCUCUGCUGUCCGUCCUGUCUCACACUGAGAGCGCCCUGCAGUGGAGACACCAGGAACUGCAGGGAGCCGAGCUUUCUGUGCAGCGGCUCAACGAGGAGAAAAGCUCUCUGCAGCUCAGACUGGAACACACACACACUGAGCUCACACACACUCUGGACCUGCUGAGAAGUGAGCGCGAGGAGGCGUCUUUUCUGCGUCCGCAAGUGGAGGAGGUGCAGAGGGAGCGAGACCGGCAGGAGGAGGAGAGUGAGGAGGAGGUGCAGAGGGAGCGAGACCGACAGGAGGAGGAGGUGAAAAGGAGGGAGGAGGAGGUGCAGAGGAGAGAGGAGGAGGUGCAGAGGAGGAAGGAGGAGGUGAAGAGGAGUGAGGAGGAGGUGCAGAGGGAGCGAGACCGACAGGAGGAGAGGAACAAACAGCUGCAGACGGAGACACACAGACGAGUCGAGACGAAGCUGCUGGAGAACGAGCAGCUGACAGAGAGAGAAACCGUCCACCUGCAGGAGCUCCACAGUCUGAAGGGGGCGCUGGAGAGAGAGCAGCUGGACAGACAGAGAGCAGAAGAAGAAGCUGCUGACGCCAGAGACGCCCUGCAGAAGGUCAGGGAGGCGGAGCUGCGUCUCUCGGCUUCGGAGCGUCUGCUGCAGCGCGACGUUGACGAAGGACGAGACGCUCUGGACAGAAUGGCCGCGUUGAGCUCGGCUCUGGCGUCAGAGAAAAGAGAACUGAACAAGAAGCUGCUGCAGGUGGAGUGUGAGCUGGCAGACAGCCAAUCACAGCUACAGGCUCUGAGGUCAGAGGUCAGCUCUCUGCAAAGAGAAAUCCAAACCUUCACCAUGGACUGCAGUCUGCUCAGGACGCAGAGAGAGGCGGAUGCUGGCGUCGUCCAUCAGCUGAGAGAAGGAGAGCGAGAGAUGGAGAGAAUAAUGGAGGAGAAGGAGAGGAAGUUGGUUUCCCUGACGGCGAAGAGAGAGAAAGACGGCCAACAGCUGGAGGAGCUGUCCUCCCAGCAUGCGUCGGUAUGCAAGGAGCUCGGGGAGCUGCAGGAGCAGCUGCAGCAGGCCCAGAAGGAAGCGAGGAGGAGGCAGCGACAGCAGGAGGAGGCGCAGAGAGAGAGCAGGAGGCUGCAGGAGGAGCAGGAAAGUGUGCAGAGACACAGGGAGCAGCUGGAGGAGGAGCUGCAGGAGCUCAGGUCUCUGUCAGUGAGCCUCCAGCAGCAGCUCAGCCAGCAGCAGCGGAAGCUUUCACAGUCGGAGGUCGACCGAAGUCAACUGAGCGUCCACAUUCAGACUCUGCAGCAGGUCAAAGACACACUGCACGGAGAGAUCGAGUGUCUCAGAGGAGAACUGGAGCAAGUGACGGCUCGAAGACAAGAUAAGUGUGAGAGGAGCGACGAGGAGAAGGAGGCGCUGAGGGAGGAGAUGGAGAGGCUGAACGAGGAGGCGGAGAAGCUGAGGAAGACCAGGAGGAAGGAGGAAGAAGAGAGGAGGGAGGAGAGGGAGGCCUGGCAGAGAGAGAGGGAGUCACUGAGUGAGGAGCUGGGGAUGAGGGAUGGAGAGGUGGAGGUGCUGAGGAGGCGAACAGAGGGACUGACGGAGGAGAAGGAGGAGAGACAGAUAGAGGUGGAGAAACUGAGGGAGGAGGUGACGGACAGAGAAACACGAAUCAGCUGCAUGAUGGACAGAAUUCAUCACGUUGAGGUGGAGAAGGAGGAGAGGAGGAGGGAAGAGGAGCUGCAGAGGGAGCAGAAGAGGAGGGAGGAGGAGCUGCAGAGGGAGCAGGAGCUGCAGAUGAGGAGGGAGGAGGAGCUGCAGAGGGAGCAGGAGCUGCAGAGGAAGAGGGAGGAGGAGCUGCAGAGGGAGCAGAGGAGGAGGGAGGAGGAGCUGCAGAGGGACAGAGAGACUGAGGCGCUGUGCGAUCGGAUGGAGAGACUGGAGAGGGAGAAGGAGGAGAGGGAGGAGGAAAUGGAGCGCCUUAGAAGUGAAGCAGAUGAGAAUGUGGAGAGAUGGAGGAGGAGGGUGGAGGAGCUGGAGGGGAGAGAGAAGGAGAGACUGCAAGAUGGAGAAGGGGAGAGAAGGAGGCGAGAGGAGAAGCUGAGGGAGAAGCUGGAGGAGAAAGAGGGGGAGGUGAUGGUGCUGUCGGUGAAGCUGAGCGUGGCUAAGGAGGAGCUGGAGGAGAAGAAGGAGGAGGUGGAGCGGAGGGAGCGCAACCUGGAGAAGCAGAUAAGUGCUGUGAGGGAGCGCGAGGAGGAAGUGGAGGUGCUGAAGGAGCGCUUGAGGCUUGUGGAGGACCAGGAGGAGGUGAAAGUGAGGGAGUGUCAAGAGGCAAAUCACAAACUGAAAGAGAAGGAGGUGAGAGAGGAGCAGCUGGAGGCGCUGUUGAGAGAAACCCGGACACUCCUGGAGAAACAGAGGAGGCAAGGAGAAGAAAAGGACGACAGAAUCUCCUCCCAGGCCAGGGAGCUGCAGGAGGCGCAGGCAAAGAGGGAGGGGGCACAGAGGGCUGCCAGGGAGAGGGAGGAGCUCCACCACAGGCUGGAGGAAGAGGUGAAAGAAGGGAGAGCGAAGGUAGAGCGGAGCGGGAAGGAGGCAGCUCAGAUCUCUCGUAUGUUGAAGGAGCGAGAGGAGGAGGUGCAACAACUGAGAGCCACACUGGAGGAGAGGGAGGAGGAAUGCAGAGAGAAGGAGGCCCUGUGGAGGAUGGAGGAGGAGAGGAGAAAGAGGCAGGACAACAAGCUGAAGGAGGUGGAGGAAGAGAUGAGGACACAGGAGGAGAAAGUGAGAGAGGUGGAGGAGGAGCUGGAGGAGGAGAGGGAGGUGCUUAGAAGAGCCAGGGAGGAGAGGAGGAGACUGGAAGAUAGAUGGAAAGACAUAGAGAAGGAGGUGAAGAAGCUAAGAGAGGAACUGAGGAUGGCAGAGGAGGAGAAGAGGAGGCUAGAAAACAAACUAAAGGAGACUGAGGAGGAGGUGCUGAGGAAGGUCAGGGAAGAGAAGAGGAGGCUGGAGGAUGAGCUGAAGAUGAAGGAGAACGAAUUGCAUGAACAAAUGGAGGUGCUGAGGAAGGCAGAGGAGGAGAGGAGGAGGUUGAAGGAUGAACUGAGGGAGGUGAAAGAGGAGGGAGGAAGACUGGUGGAGAACAAGAGGAGUCAGCACCUCCUGGUGGAGGAGAGGGUGAGAUCCAGAGUGAGAGAGUUGGAAGAGGAGAAGGCAGGACUGUCAAUGGAGCUGAGGAGGAGGGAGAGGGAGGUGAUAGCUCUCAGAGAGGAGGUGCAGAGAGAGAGGGAUGAGGCACAGGAAGAGAUCAUGAGGAGAAAACAGGAGGUGUCUCUCCUGAGAGAAGAAGUGCAGAAGGAGCAGAGAGAUAGGGAGGAGGUACAGGAGGAGCUGAGGAGCAAAGGGAAGGAGGUGACAGCUCUGAAAGAGGAGGUGCAGAAGGAGCGAAAGGAAAAGGAGGUUGUACAGGUGGAGGUGACAGCUCUGAGAGAGGAGAUGCAGAGGGAGCAGAGGAGGAGUGAGAGGGAUGUGUUUGUACUUAAAGAGGAGGUGCAGAGGGAACAAAAGGAGAAGAUGGAAGCCCAGGAGGACCUGAAGAGUAAAAGGAAGGAGGUGUCAUCUCUCAGAGAGGAGGUGCAGAUUGGGCGGAGGAGAAUGGCAGAGGAGUCGAUACUGAGAGAGGAGGUGCAGAACGAGCGGAGGAGAAUGGCAGAGGAGGAGUCGAUACUGAGAGAGGAGGUGCAGAACGAGCGGAGGAGAAUGGCAGAGCAGGAGUCGAUACUGAGAGAGGAGGUGCAGAACGAGCGGAGGAGAAUGGCAGAGGAGGAGUCGAUACUGAGAGAGGAGGUGCAGAGGAAACAAAGGGAACGAGAGGAAAUAGAAAAGAAGUUUAAGAGGAGCGAGAAGGAGGCAAAGUCUUUUAAAGAGGAGUUGCAGAAGGAGCAGAGGAAGAGGGAGGAGGCUCAGGAGGAGCUGAGAGGAGUUCAGGUUCAGGUGUCUGAGCUGAGUCGGAGGCAGGAGGUGAAGGAGGAGGAGACGCAGCAGAUGAAGGAGGGCCUGAGAGCUGCUGUGGAGGAGAUGAGCACCCUGAAGCUCCUCCUGCAGGACAGUCACAGCGAGGGGGAGCGUCUGAGGAGCGCUCUGAAGGACAGGAUCAGGGAGGAGAACCUGAACUCUGCUAGGGAGGAGGUGGAGAAGGAGAGAGGAGAGGUGGAGGAACUGAGAGCCAGAGCCAAGGCCCUGGAGAGGAGGAGGAGGGAGCUGAUGGAUGAGCUGCAGGAGAGUCGACGACAGAAGGAGACGGCAGAGGAGGAGAGGAGGGAGGCCGAGGUGCGAUGGAGUAGCCGAGUGGUAGAGAUGGAGGAGGAGCAGGAGGUGAAACUGAACACUUUGGCAAGAGAAAUCCAAACACUAAAGGAGAAGGAGAAAGAGAUGCAGAGAAAGUGGAGGUCCAGGAUGGAGGAGCAGAAAGCAGAGAGGAGGAGCAGAGAGGAGGAACAGAAAUCAGAGAGGAGGAGCAGAGAGAAAGGUGAGGAGAUGAUGGACGGACAGGAGAAGCAGCAGGAGGAGCAGCAGGAGGAGGAGCAGCAGCAGACCUCCUCUCUACUGCAAGAGAACGAGGAGAUGUUGAAGCUGCUGAAGCAGAAAGAAGCCGAGGUGUACGCUAUGACUCAAAGGACGGAGGAGCUGGAGAAGGACAGGGAUCGCGUCCGAUUGGCUCUGGAGAGAACAGAGGCGGCUAUGAUUGGCUACAGGGACAGAGCCCACCAACAGGAGGGGGGGGCGGGACCAGGAGAGGGACUGGAGGACAGGUUGCAGGUUUUACGGACUCUUGUCGCUGAACUCGAGCUGGAACAGAAACGACUGAACAAGAAAAACUCCCACCUGAAGAGAGACAGAAACACACUGAGAGACACACUAAGACAGGUGGAGGAGGAGCGGACGAGGCUCCGACAGCAGAUGAAUGACAGCAGCAGAUCUCAGGUCUCUGCAGACACCACAGAAGAAGAGCAGCUGAGGAGCAGAGUGAUGGAGCUGGAGGACCAGCUGACUCAGCUCCGUCUCUCAUUGGCUGAGGACCAGCAGCAGAGGGAGGAGUUUAUCCAGCAGUCCUCCAGAAACAGCCAAUGGCUGCUCUCGCUGAGACACGACCUCACUGAUUCGCUGGCUGCCGUCACACGCCGUCCAAUCCCGUCGGUCCUGGAGUCUGAGACGCAGCGAUUGGACCGUAGCUUGAGGGAGGAGGAGCUUAGGAUGUCCCUCAGCCAAUCGUAGCACUGCUCACCAAACCUGGGCCCUGUUGCCAUGGAAACCACUUCCUUGUUUUAAAGGUUACUGUAGAUCAGCUGAGGGUCAAAGGUCAGCUGUAUUUGUGUUAUAAUAAAGUUCCUUUUUUAAAAAUCUA